AUGGGUGCGUUAAAGUUUGAUGUUUUCCACGACGAAAGAACCCCCAUCGAGCUUAGAGUGACCGGGUCAAUCCCGGAGUAUGCUCUCGGUGUUCUCUAUCGUACCGGUCCAGGGGGCUACCAGACAGAAACCACUUCUGGCACGACACUCAGUAUGUCCCACUGGUUUGACGCCUUUGCACAAGUCCACCGCUUCAACCUAGUCUCUCCCACGAAAGUCCUCUACAAUUCUCGCCACACCUGUGACGGCCUACUACUACAUAUGCGAGAAACGGGCCAGCUACUAUCAGGCUUCUCCUUUGGCCAACGUCGGGACCCAUGCCAAAGCUUCUUCAAGAAGUUUGUAUCCCUCUUCGAACCACGAGUGGAUCUUGUAGCCGGCGGGGCAAAAAAUGCAUCAAAGGUCAAUGUCUCAGUGACCAUAUCAACAAACUACCCCGGCCUCCCAGACGCUCCUAAUGCUACCGGGGCUGUCAGAAAUUUGUAUACCAAGACGGAUGCAACCAUUCUUCAGGCCCUGGACCCAGAGACUCUCGAGCCCAUAGGCAUCGCGAAUCAGGUCUCUCUCCACCCGGAGCUCAAGGGACCCUGCUCUGCCGCCCACGCACGGAGUGAUCCACUGACUGGGGACAUGUUCAACUAUAACUUGACCUUAGGCAAGCACCCACAAUACAAGAUCUUCCAAGUCUCCAAGGCGACAGGCAAAACCACGAUCCUAGCAACCAUCACGGACGCUCCAGGAGCAUACAUCCACUCUUUCUUCCUAACACCUCGUUACGUGGUUCUUUGCGUCUGGGGGGCGUACUACGCCAUGGGCGGGCUCAAAAUGCUCUACUACAAGAACGUUAUAGACGCAAUCGACGUCUGGGACCCGAAUAAGCAGACAAGGUGGUACGUCAUUGACAGAACUAAUGCCAGGAGAGGCGUUGUCUCCUCGCACCCGUGUCCACCGUUCUUCGCCUUCCACUCCGUCAAUGCGUGGGAAGAGGGUGACGCUGUGAUCGCAGAGGUGCCGGCAUAUGACAACCUGGACAUUAUCAAGAAGUUUUAUCUCGAGAAUUUAAAGGGUAAUUCGAAGGCUGCAUGGACAUGGGCGGAGAAGGGUAGGGCGAAAUUGACCCGUUGGAGGAUGGAUACUACAGUUGACGGCAGUGAGGCAGUGGUGGUCUUCGAACUGGACAAGGACUCGAGCAUGGAGUUGCCUACUAUGAACCCGGACUUUGUCACUUUGCCGCACAGGUUCACUUAUGGAUUGCUCAACCGUGUAAAGUCCACCCUGUUGGAUGGUAUCGUCAAGUUUGAUUCUAUUACUCGGACUUCACUGGUUUGGGAAGAGCAUGGGCAUACCCCUGGCGAAUGUAUAUUUGUUCCGGACCCGCAGGGCACGGAGGAGGAUGAUGGGGUCUUGCUAAGCGUUGUGCUGGAUGGGUUUGCGAAGAAGAGUUACCUUCUGGUAUUGCGGGCACAGGACCUAGUAGAGGUUGCUAGGGCAGAGUUGGAUACUGCAGUUAGUUUCGGGUUUCAUGGGAAACACGUGAAUAAUGGUGGACGUUCUGUCGAGUGGUAG